AUGGAAUCCAGACCAGAUCUCGAGUCCCAAAAACCAACCCCACAGGUCGAUUCUCCCCACGACUCGGAAUCAGAAGACGAUUUGGCUUUAAAACCCCAGUUCUCAAAUGCCUAUGGUAUUCCAACAUGGCACAAAUGUCUCAUCCUUUUUAUCGUCAGCUGGAUGACCUUGGCUGUCACAUUCUCCAGUACUUCACUAUUGCCCGCAAUCCCGGAGAUCGCUACCGAGUUUUCUACUACAUCGGAGAUUCUCAAUGUCACCAAUGCCGGUGUUCUGAUUGCCAUGGGUUUCUCGUCUUUUAUUUGGGGUCCUGUCACUCACCUGUUCGGGCGUCGAAAUGCCUAUAAUGCAGCUAUCCUUGUGCUUUGCGCAUGCUCGGCUGGUACUGCCGCCGCAAUCAAUUUGCAUAUGUUUAUAGCAAUGCGUAUUUUGGGAGGUUUUACAGGUACCUUCUUCAUGGUUGCUGGGCAGACUAUUCUUGCCGAUAUCUUUGAACCGACUGUGCGUGGAACGGCUGUUGGCUGCUUUAUGGUUGGAUCUGUCAGUGGGCCUGCAAUUGGACCCUGUAUUGGCGGCAUCAUCGUCACAUUCUCCCAAUGGCGCAUUAUCUACUGGCUGCAGUUUGCGAUGACUCUACUCGGCCUCGUCUUGUCUCUUCUUUUUGUGCCGAGUAUCCAAGAAAAGAACCGGAUCAUGGACUCCAACAAACCCUGGAAGCUUUGCACUGUUUUGAGCAUGUUCAAUCCUCUGCGCAUCUUUCGUCAAUUUGUGUAUCCCAAUAUCUUUCUUGCAUGCCUCACAUGUGGCCUUCUUUCUACAUUCCAAUACGCACUUCUCACAUCAGCCCGCUCAAUUUUCAAUCCGCGUUUCAACCUGACAACUCCACUCAUCAGCGGCUUAUUCUAUCUUUCCCCUGGAAUAGGUUUUCUAAUCGGUAGUGUCGUUGGCGGCAGGCUGUCUGACCAUGCCGUGAAGAAAUGGAUUCUUAAACGAAACGGGAAAGAAGUGGGUGGUAUGGCUGUGCCGAUUAUCGCCGCUUUUUUUGCGGGCGCAGGGCUAAUAGGUGCUUUCAAUGGGCUGAAUACUUAUUCGGCUGAGGUUAUGCCGCAUGUGCGUUCGGAGGUUAUUAGCGCAAAGUAUGUGGUGCAGUAUAUAUUUGCUGCUGCUGCGACGGCGGCUGUUGAGCCGGUAAUCAGUGCUAUCGGGGUAGGAUGGACAUUCACAAUAUGCGUGCUCUUACACAAGAGCAAGAGCAAGAAGGUCGGGACUCCCAAAAAAGGAUAUUCGUUGCCUGUCAAAGAUGCCACUCGCAUAAAAUUAAGUGUUCCGGAGAUCAGCCGUGUAGUAAAUGUCGCGCAGUGGGACUCGCUGAUGAAUGUGCCUACGCUACUCGGGAUCGUCAGAUCAGAAGCUAAAAAGUAUUCUCCGAUCAGCUAUCUAGAUCAGCUCCUUGCAGAGAAUCAGCGGCUCAAGGAACGAUCGAUCACUUCGGCUCAGGUCACCGAGACAAACGACCCCUUGCAGAGAGGACCUUCCAGGACAGCAGAUGUCCCUGAUGGCACAGGCAUUCAGAAUCCAUUGAUUGGAGAUCGAGCCUGGUUCCACCGGUAUGAUCCUUCUUCCCCGCCAAUCUACAUCGGCGAGGCGGCAUGUUCAGCGUUCGCAACACGGUUUCGGCGUUUCUUGUCGGGGAAUAGUGCGAUGCCACAUAUUCCACGAACACAGUAUGAGCGCGAAGAGACCAUCGCUGCAGCGAACGAAGCCGAUAUCCAGUGGCCGAGUCUUCACCAUGCUCGGUUGUUGGUCCGGAUAGCAAUCCACCAGAUCGGGCAUCUGUACCACCUCAUGAUGCGCAAGUCGACAUUAGAUAAACUGGAAGAGAUCUACCAGACACAAGACUUUGACUGCACGGCUAGCAAAUGUAAAUUUUUCGCCCUGUUCGCGUUCGGCCAGGCGUAUUCAAUCCGAUCUGAGCCCAGUUCUGGCUCCAGGGUACCAGGCACCUCAUACUUUGCUCGAGCAAUGGGAUUGGUCCAGAUCUUGCCGGAGAGAACCAGUGUUACACACUUGGAAACCCUAUUACUGUUGUCUCUUUUUUCAUACUAUCUCAACCGGCGUCAUUCAGCGUAUAUUCUGAUUGGAAACGCCAUGCGGAUGGGUUUGACAAUUGGCUUGAAUCAUAAUAUCCUAGAAUCACAACUCAUCGACCCAGUGGAGCGCCAACACCGCAUCCAAAUAUGGUGGACAAUCUACAUCUUCGACAGGAUGUGGGGAUCAAAAAUGGGCCUCCCAAUGCAAAUUCUCGAUGAAGAUAUCCACGUCGACAUGCCGUCAACCAUCUCCCCCGAAUGGCGCCAUGGAGAAGAACUUUCCGACUCGGAAUACAUGACCGCCAAUAUCAAGCUGGCACGCAUAGUUGGCGAGACAAUCACCAAGCUAUACAGCCGGAGAAAGUACCAAGAGACCUUCCUCCAACGCGUUCAGAAGCUACUCAAAUCCCUGAAACACUGGGUAGAGACACUCCCCGAAUCACUGAGACUGAACAUGGAAGACCUAGAAUCGAGCAAGAAACCCGUCGUCUCCCUCCACAUGGCCUUCAAUCAAUGCGUGAUCUUAACUACGCGCCCAACGCUCCUGCACCUCCUGAUGACACUAAGCAAAAAAAGCAAAACCGCCAAUAGUACUAGCGGAAUCGGGAUCGGGAUCGGGACGGAAAGUAGCAGCGAAGACGUAUCCGUUUCCCAGCCCGUGCUCACUCUAAGCGAAGCAUGUAUCCAUGCAGCACGACACUCUCAUUCGAUGAUCCUGACACGGUGGAUCAACGGAUCCAUGCCGACUUUCGGCUAUUUCCACGCCCAUUACCUCUUUUCCUCAGCAUUGAUCUUGGCAAUGUCCAGCUUUGUGCCGAUCGGCAGUCCGACAGAUAUGACGGGAUUCGACUCAGCGCUGGAUCUGCUACGCUCCAUGACCGAGAACGGGAAUCUGGCUGCGGCGGAAUUUUAUCAUAACCUCGAGCAGGUGAAGGCUUGUUUAGCUGUGUAUCAGGGUGCGAGACAUGGCGAUGGGAGUGCUGAGAUGGCCGCUGGUGGAGUGGCUCCUAAUAUCAAUGCUGACGCUAGUGGUAAUGCUCCCUCUCGUGGUGGUGCACUAGCUUUGUCUGGGCCUUCGUCAGAUUUAGCAACAGCUACUACUCCCUUUUUGAACAGCUUGCCAUUAAAUCCAUCGACAUCGACAUCGACAUCCAUACACCCGCCGUCCUUGAUACCCGCAACACAUGACAUCCUCGCUUCAGCCACCACCCAACAUGCCCACAGCCAUGGCAUCAAUGCAUACCCAUACCCCUUAAGGGAUACCGUCAGCGGAUAUACAACCGAAAUGGCGUUUUUAGAGCCGACCAUGCAAGAUUUCCUUGCGCAGUCGGAUAUCGAUCUUGGGCUGUUGCAUCCUGUUGAUACGUUCUUCAACGAGGCGGAGAAUUUAUAUACAUGUCAUGAGUUCUGA